ACUUCCGUAGAAGUGAAAAUAUUCACCCCAGUUUCAUCCGGCCAACGUAAAUCAACGCAAAAUAUAUUACGGAAGAAUGUUUUGAACUGUUUUGAUUGAGUAUAGACAACCGAAUAUGGUUGUUUAAUGUAAUAACUGUCAUGUAUGAUUAGUUUUUAACGCUUUAAAGUCCAAACAAUGCCAAUUUCGGAGAUAGACUGAGUUCUGUCAAAAUGACCCUGCGAAAACUGAUCAAACGUGAUUGCAACAUUUCAUAUUCAAGAAUUAUAUACAGUCAGUAAACUUGAGUGGUCCAAAAUGGAUUCACAGUUGAAGACGUUCAUCUGUACAAGAAGUCAUCUUCUACACGUUCAUUUCAAUGAUGUUUGCUAAGAGAUUUGAUUGCAUUAUGAUUGUUUGUGAAAGUUGUUAAAUUUUGAUAAAGUGGCCUAUGCCCUUCUUGCCCAUGAAGUAUCCGGAAUAUAGAAUUACUAUGGAGGCAGCAUUGCCUUCAUCUGUGCAUAGUUGGCUCAAUCAUGAGCUGGAACAACUUGGAAUUGAUUCUCUUGUCUACACACGUUACAUCAUCAGCUUACUUCUUCAGGAUCCUGAAGAUUUAGAAGGUCUUGACACUGAUUUAGAUGCUUUUCCUAAAUCUAAGAGAAAAGGUCGGAAAUCAGAAAAGCAAAAACAUUUGUCUGCAAGUGACGAGGAGAGAAAGAAGUUUGCCGCUAUCCAAUGUCUUUCAGAUAUAACUGAAGAGAAAGCAGGCAUAGAGACAUUGGUAGAUGAACUCUGCUCUCGCCUCAAAGACAGUGAAAUAAAAGCUUCAGUAAGUCCAGACUCAAAAUCAAGAUCCUGUAGUAGUGAUGGUAGUGAUGUUAGUGGUGAAGAGAAACAAAACCCUGCCCAGAAGUAUUAUGCAGCUUUCCCGGCCCUUCAUGGGCAGGAUGCCACUUGCAAUUUGUCACCGUCUGAAACAAUCUGGAGGAACAAUCCACUAGUGAGAAUUCAAACAUCUGAGGAAGACACUUCAAGUGCUAAUGAAGAUGCCGAAAUUCGCAAAAUAAACAUACCUUGCCCAGUUGCAGUCCCAAAACACAGGAAACCUCGAAAAAAUAACAGUCGCAGUAAAAAAGACCGCCAUGAUCCUGGUAGAAGAAGGGAAAAAUCAGCUGGGGGCAAUUACAGUAGAGGGAAAAAGAUUCAUGUUGAAAAACAAGACCUUCCAGCUUGGCCCCCAGGAUUUGCGAAAUUGGAUCCAUUAAUACUACAGAGUCUUGAUCUUGUGGAUGAUGUAUUUCCGUCAGAAACUGAGAAACCUGUCCGAGCAAAGGAUGAACUUUGUACAAAGGUCGAAUCAAUCUUAAAGGGUAUGCUCCUGCCAGCUCCAGAGAAAACAUACAAAGAUCUUGUAGAUGUUGAUUUCAGUCCCACUGAGAUGAGAGACAAAAUAGAGAAAGCAAGUUCCAAGCAAACUAUUUCUUUCACUCCAGUUGAGAACCAAGCAGAAGUUGAAGAAACAGACAUGGAAAGCAUAAAAAUCAAAGCUGAAGGGUUUGAUGGAGUAGAAACAUUGUCUGCAAGUCCAAGAGAUGAAAGUGUGAGUCCCGAGCUUCAGGAACAAGAAAUAUGGUAUACUCAACCAAUUGAUGUCAUAUUUCAUGGCCAAGAUGAUGAGGUCUCAAGCUCAUCAAAAUUACGUCUCUACAAAAGACUGAGCGAUCCAGCUUCUUCACCAGAUGCCGAUGCUGAAAGUACGUCUGAUACCACGUUUGAAUGUUUCAACAACUCCACUUCAAGCCCGAUUGUCUGUGCUCGCAAAAGAAGCCAAAGUUUUGCCUCUGAUAAGAGUGACGACAUUUGGGAAGGCUCUCUUCUCAUUCCUGCAUGGUUGACUGAAGUGAUAUCAACAGAUGAUAACUGUGAUACUAACAUAGAGGAUAUAGAUCUUGCGCACUCUUUGAAGUCUUCCAGCCCUUUUGCAGAAUGUGAUUCUGGCCUUGGAUUGUCAAAACUAGCAGAUUUGAGCAUGUCGGAUGAUGGUUUUAACUUUAAGAAUGCAGACAAUGUUUGGAAACAUGCUUCUGAAGAAGACGAUUAUGUGAAGUUUGGUUUACUUAAUGAUAAUGGCAAUUGUUUUGAUGAUAAUUGUACACCUACACCAGAUGGUGGAGGGAUUUAUCCUCCAGGGAGACCGGGGUCUGUGUCGUUAGUUGACUGGGAUUACAUGUCCAAAUUUCUUAAUGGAGAACCUAAUUGGCAGUCUUACAGUCCAGAGGAAAGCUUGCAGUUCCAUAGCCCAAGACGAGCUUGCAUUACAGCAUUGUGGCAAAGUCAAGUGUUGUUUGACUGCUCUCUAUACAUGCCCUGCAGUAUGACUGACCUUGUCCCUCCUGUGUAUGAACUAAACGACGUACAAUGUUGGCAACCUAUUGGAAGCAGUCCAUUCUCUCAACUUUGGGAUGUUAACAUGCAAAAAAGAUCCAAGAUGUCAUCUUGGGGUGGACAAAUCUUUCAUUCUGAUAGUCAGGUAUGGUUUGCAGAAAACACUUUGGUAUUUUUACAUAAUGUUCCAGAUUUUGAUAUUGACAUAGGUGGAUUUGAGCACGGUGAAAAUACCCUAAUACCACGUAUAUCAAUUGACAUUGUAUCUGAAACAGACACAGAUGGCUCGUCUUUCCUAAAUGAAGAUGAUGGUGACGAAGACAGAAGCUUUCCUUAUUUUGAUAGAAGUGUUUCAAUGGGAGAUGUUCCGUCUUUGUGGGCCGAUGAUCAGCCGAGAACCGUUGAUCCAAAGUUAUCCAAGAGCUUUGAACUGGUUCCCUCUGAAUAUUCAGCCUUUAAUGACGUUCCAAGAAAGCUUCUCCAUGUUCACAGUGAGCCAAACCUUGUUCAGUUUCGCCAAGACUUUGUCGAUGGUAAUCAAAGUGGGGUUCAGUCUCCACAGGAGCACCUGUAUUUCUCUCCAAAGACACACUUCAGACCUAUCACCCCAGCCUAUGUUCCCGAACUGUUCACUUCUAAAUCAAAACAACAGGUUUGCCAUGAUCUUUUUGGUGGGUUACCUUCUACAAAAACUCCGUAUCAAGAGUACCAAGUACUUGACAAGGACAGGGAAAGCGAUGAGGAAAGUUUCAUUCCACGUUUCAAAGUUAAAAACUACAGCAAGUGUGUACAGACGGGUGAGAGCUUUGAGAAACUUGAUAGUCCCAUGGAAUCUAACGAAAUGUUAGAGAGAGAUACUCCAGAAACAUUAACUUUAAGCAUGAUUGAAGAUGUUAUAGAGGAAAAAAUUGAUACUCUAAUGAGCAUCUCGGAGGAUCUUGACACUGCAAAUACAGAUUCAGCCUAUGAGACGGAUUACGGGGGGAAUAUUGGUACAGAUUUUGAUCAUGAUCACCAUUCUACCAAUUGCUGCAACAAAGAUAUAGAAGGGAAUGUCAGCAUGUACGGAUCAUCGAAUUUAGACCACGGGAAUUUGGGAGACGUGAUUAAAUUUUCUGUGCAAAGUUUUGUUGCUACUUUCCCCCACACUAAUGACUGGCCGGAUGUCAGUGUUCAACAUGCUGAGUCACGCUGGACAGAGACAGAAGUUGAUUACCCGUACGAAAGUUGGCCGCAGCCGGAAUACCCAAAUGUUGUUAAAGAUGAUGAAAACAUAGAAAGUAGCUACAAGUCACAUGGAAUAUGGGGAGAUGACCUAGGUCUAGAUCACUUGUACAAAGAAAGUGAGAUGGAAAAAUAUAAAAACAUUUGGAGUUCAGCGGGGCAUGACUAUUAUUCGGUUGAUGCAGUUGCUCCAGAAAACUUGUCGCAUGUUGACGGUUCGGAUGUGUUAAAUGAAGAAUAUGAUGAUGAUGAGGGUGACAAUUAUUAUGGUAACCUGAUCAUGGAGGCAUACAAUGGAAAUGACUUAUAUGACUACCAGCCAAUGCUAGAACCAGGAGACCAAAUGAUCGAGACAUUGCCCGAGACAGAAGGUGUGUUCCCGAUCUAUGCAGGGUUUCCAGAGACGGAUGAAGUCCCUGUACCUUCUGAAAUGGCACUUACACCAGAGACAGACACUGGUGAAUAUUUUAGUGUGAAACUGGUGUAUAAAGACAAGCAGGCUAAUGAGGGGGAACAGCAGCAAAAUCAGUCUUACGGAACAUAUGAGUUAAUGCCAAUGCCAGAUGAAGGAGUCAUGUCAACUGAACUCGAGAAACAGUGGAUGGAUCCUAGCAUACGUGCCAUGUGGGCCGGUAGAAAACCAUCAAGUGCACAGCGUAAACCUUGUAGCUUCUAUCUAGAAGGAAACUGUAGGCGAUCUGAUUGUAAGUUUGCCCAUGAUAUAUCGAACAUUACUUGCCGAUUCUGGGAAGAAGGCGGUUGUUUCAAAGGACCUCUCUGUCCAUUCCUACAUGGAUACCCUAGAUUGGGAAGUCCAACUAAAGAAAAUGAUAGCCCUGUUGAAGUGGACAAAGAAAAGUUUGAUCUGAACAAUGAAGAAUUUCCAGAACUUUCCCUUUCUGUGAAGAAUGGAAACAAUAAUAAUAGUGCCCCAAAAAAGAGCAAAUGUUCGAAAGUUCAGAAUAUAUUGUCCGGUGGUAGGCGAGAGAAGAGCCGUAAAGGGAGCGCAGCACGUCGCCACAGUAACAAGGAAAACCGUUGUGAAGUAAACAUUAUUGAGAAGUGUUGUAGCAGCAUAUAAGAGAGUUUACAGAGAUUUUUACUGUCAUCAUUUAUUAUAACCAUGUUUGUUGUAAAGGUAUUGUUGUAUUGCUUUAUGUGAUUUUGUUUCAUGAUGAUAUGUGUUUAUGUUGAGUUGCUGCUUGCAGUCUGUGUACAGUCAGAUUAGGAUGUAGAAAUUGAUAGGUAAAGUCUACUGCAAAAGUUACAUUAUCGUCACCUUAGUGCAAUAACUGGUUAACUCCUAUUAAAUUUAAAAGGAUUUGACCCGGUUCUGCACUAAAGGGACAGUUAACAGUAUUUGAAAAAAAAGAAGAAAUAAACAUUUUAAGUUUUCUUUGAUUUAAGAUUGAUAAAGAGAGAUUAAAGUAAUACAAUGCUACAUUUAUAUAUAACUAUAAGUUAAACUUCAUAACCUGCUGAAUUUACAUGAUGUAGUCGUCCCAGCUUUGAACUUAAGUCAGUCUCAAUGUUAUAGGGAUUUUUGCGUAAAAAUUACAAAAAUCAAACUUUCAACAUCCUAGAGUCUGGACAGAAAGCAUGGGGUGCUCAGUCUGGCCUAGCUCUAGACUAUACUGAGGACAGGGCUGAUCACUAUCAGGGCCCAGCAGGUUAAGGAUUUUAUCAAUUGUUGCUUUUUUCUGUAUUCUCAAUGUAUUAUUUUUUGUAAACCUUUGUUUUUGAUAGAGAAAAAGCACACGAAAAAUUGUUAAAAAUGUCAAGUUGAGAUCUCUGUAGUGAAACUUAGAACUUACAAAUACUACCUUUUUAUGCUUAAACCUAUAGAAAGUUAGAAAAAAAUGUAUGCAUUUAUACAAAACCAUUCAAAUUUGAGUCAUUUGUAUUUUUUUCUAACAACAAAAAAAAAUUAACCAUUUUGUAUUAAUUUAACAUUCAUUGUAUAUUGUUUGAACUGAAAUUUCUGUUUUCAUUCCACAAAUUUCAUUAUCCAUUAUAUAUAGACGUGUUACCUCAGAGCUGUGAAUUUUUUUAUUUUUUUUUCAUAUUUUUGGUACUUUUAGAAUAAUGUAUCCAUAUUAUCAUAUAUAUAAACAUCAAAAACUAUCUUUCAUUAGAUUUCUUUAAACAAACAAAUAACAAAAAACGAGUUAUAAAUAAAAAUACAACUGAAAGCAAAGAAUCAAACUUGACGAAGAAUUUAAAAAUAGUUUGCUAAGCUCUGAAGUUUGAACAUAUUUCAUAAUCAUUUUAUCAUGUUGUAGUUGUAGAUUUAUUUAUUAUAAAUAUUGUUAAUACCAUUGUUGUUGAUAUACACAGUCUUUAAUGAUGUGUUUAUAGAAAUAUAUGUUUGUUUAAAAGAUUGUCACACAGAGGAGGUAAAAAAAAUGGCAUAUUUUUGUAAAACAAAUAUGCUCGAAGUUGACCUUUUUUAUUUAAAGGAAAAUGCAUGUGUGUUGGCAGGGGAAGUGAUAGAACUUCAAGAGAGAUUUGUAUGACUAAGUUGCGGUUACACAUAAUCAUUUUUGCUGUGAGUUUUAUUAUGAACAAAUGCUACAUUAUGUAGUUAGUGAUGUGCAGGUAUAGAGUGUAUUAAUGAUAGUCACUUAUAUUGUUAUGUCUUCUUGACCUUCGUGAAGGAUUGGUUGAUAACUCGGGAGUUGAAACUCAUAAACGUUAAUCGUGUCAAAAGUUGUUUUGAACAGUUAAGGGUAGUUGACAUCGAGUGUUUGUGUAUUUUGUUUGUGAGCUGAGUUUUGUUGUUGUUGUUGAAAUUUUUUUAAGAGAGGUUCAAAUCUCUUUGGUUAGCUUUGAGCUAAACCAUAAGAAAAAAAAAGUGCUUUGUUAAAGCUGACUUUGUUAAGAGAUCAUUAAUGGAACCUUGUUGUAAUUUUGCUAUGAUAUUUAUUAUAGUAGUACUUAUAAAUGGACAUCUUUCCAGGAAAUAGGCUAAAAAUUGGCUUAUCAGUAGCCAAUCUCUUCAGAAAAUAGGCAAAAAAGAAAAUGGGGUUUUACUGAAUUUCUUUAUGUUUGUUUGGAUAUAAGUUGUGUUGUAUUAUUUUUUUUAAAGUGGUAUGCCUCCAGAUUUUCAUAGAAAAUUCCACAAAUUAAUCUGUUAAUUUCAGUUUUCAGAAAAAAAAAAUUCGACGAAAAAGAAAGUGAUGCUGACUUUUUACCUUGAAGAAAAGUAUUUGUAAUCAAAGUCCAUGUGACAGUUUGAAUUGUUUAUGUAAACUUUACUAUUUUUAUCGGCAUAUUACUUCCUAUAUUACUAACUGAUUAAAGUGUUUGUGUGUUUUUUUUUCCUGGACUCUUAUUAAGUUAACCUGAAACUAGAUAUUAAAUCAUUUCAAUUGUACAUAUGACAGAUUGUUUAUUUAAUGGAACAACUUUAGAAACCUUCAUAAAAAAUUGCAUGAAUCUGGAGACCGACUGCUUCAAGAAAAAUAUCUCUUUUUACCUCACUUUCCAUUUUUAUUAAGUACAUGUAUAUAUGGAGAAUAUCAUUGACAAGUAUUUUCAUAUUUAUUGAUAAAGAUUUCAUGAAGUUUGUUAGAAGUAAAAGAAAUAAUUUGAGAUGGACAAUCAAGGUGAAGAGACAGGGAUACCUAAAAUGAACACACUUGGGUCAGGUUUUGAAUAGUAUUUUAUAGCAGUUAACACCAAACCAAAGCUUAGAAUAUACACAAAAAAAGCCUGUUCACAACCAGAAAGCAAACUUUUAAAGUUUUUGAAUAUGGUAUAGAAAAUGUGCUUAUGUAAGAAUAAAUUGAAAAUACUUGGUACUGGUGUCUCUAGAUGCAUAUAUAUAUAUAUAUAUUUCUUGUUUGUGAACCCGUGAAAAGAUUGUUCUGUAUAUGUAGUUGGUAUAUUUGGUGUUUUGUAUUACUUUACCUUGAUAACUGUGAUUAGUUAGUAGAUCUUUUGCAAACCCAGUCCUGGUUUGCAUUUUUCACUUGCACCAUGUAGUCAAUAGAGACAACACCUUACAGCAGUGACGUAAUUUUAUCUGUAUAUCUAAUACCAUGCCAGGGAUUUCCUGACUUGUUCAAUGCUAGAGAUUUCCUGUCUUGAUUACUUGCCAGGGAUUUGCUGUCCUGUUUCACCCAGGGAAGUCCUAUAAAGUUCCAGCAAAGGAUUUCCUGUCUGGUAACAUACAAGGAUUUCCUGUCCGGUUCCAUGCAAGGGAUUUCCUGUUAAGUUCAUUGCCUGGGAUUUCCUUGUAGAUUUCAUUCAAGGAUUUACUUACAGUUCCAUGAAAAGAAUUGACUUUGUAAGGGAUUUCCAUUUUGGUACCAGGAGAUUAUCUGAUGGCUGUAGCUACAAAACUUAAUUUAAGCUUAUUGUAUUUUUCUUUGCCGUAAUAACAUUUUCUGAUAUUUAUAUAGGAUAUAGAAUUGCAAAAUUUGAACUUUUUGUGCCAUUAUUGAUUUAUUUGUUAUGCAUUUUUGUGGUGUGCUUGUCAUUUCUAACUUUGCAAGUUCUGUGUUUGCUUGGAGAGAUUGUUUUUUACGAUAUUCUGAACAUUUAACUGUUGUUUGUGUAUUUCAUUGCUUUUUUUUCUGGUGGGAAAUGAAUGCAAGCCAAACAUGGUUUUGCAAAGGAGCUACUGUAGUUUUAGAUGAAAAUCUUAACUUUUAUCUGUGAUGUUUACAUGUAUAUUUUGUCGAAAAACAAAUUGUUUUAUCAGAUUUUAUCAGAAACGUUUGUCAUUGUUAUAGUAUAGACAUGUUUUGAUUAGGCUUUGGUAUGAUUUCAUUUGUUGUUUUAUCUAGUCGUUCUUCAUCGUUUUCUUAAUGUUACUUUGAUAAAAAGAAGAGAAAAAGAAAAAACAUGGAGGAAAAAAAUAUUUAUAUAAGAAAUCAGAAGCUAGGAUUUUUCUUUCUUUUUUCUGAAUGGGGGAUUUUAUUACUAAUAAUUUUCUGAGGGAAAAAUACUAGUGUUAUAUUGAUUUAGAUAUAUGUAGCCAAUUUUAGCUUGGAAUAUAUAUAAAAUAUAUAUAAUGUAUGGCUGGAAGGGUGGAGUGUUGAUUAAAUCUAUGCAGACAAAUAUCAUAUGUCAUCGUAUCUGCUCGAGUUUCCUCGGCAGUCCCAUUAUAACCAUUAUCUUAGUAGUUGACUGUACGAGAGGUAUUUAAAUAACGCUGUUUUAGUUUUUAUUUGAGACAGGAAUAAAUGUUGUUAAGAGUUUGUUCCCCUUAUUCUACCCAUUGCCGUAAAUGAAAAGAAUUCAUUUCAGUAACUAGUAUAAUACCCUUUUCUUUUUCAAGUUAUUUUAUGAUUCGCAAUUAGAUGAACCAUUUGUUUAUGAAUAAUUUGAUAAGGUUUAAGAAAGGCAAAAAGAUAAUUAAGUUUGUUUGACUUUGAUGUUAACAAUUAGGCCAAUUAAGAUUCCAGUUUGCCAAAAUAAAGCUGGCUAUAGGCUUGUUUUAUAACACUUUUUCCCAGAUUUGAUUGAUAAAUAUCCAAUAGCUGCUAAUGUAAGAUCCUGUAUAUGUGUUAUAUUUUUAUUUACGAAAAUUUUAUUUCUGGUUUAGAAAUAGAAAAUUUUUCACUCUAGGUCCUUAUGAAGAUUUUUAAGUUCAGCAAGACGUAAAGAACAAGUAUUAAUGCUAAUGUAUCACAUUUAACGCUGAAUCCUAGAUGGCUUACCGGUUUAACAGUUUUGUAUUUUUUCUUGAUUUAAUUUUGCAAAGCGUUAAAAUAUGCUUCAUCUAAUGAUGUAAAUUAAAAGUAUGUAUUAUUUUACUUUAUAUAAAUGAUAAAUGUACACAGUAUGUAAAUAUGUAUUGAGAUUAUCGGUUGGCUACGUUAACAGUCAGUGUGAAAGUGUAGACCUACAUAUAUAUGUUACCAAAUGUAGGUCACACUGUUGAUAACCAAAUGCUUGGAAAAUGCUAGCAUUGGAUAUUUGAAAUGUUUAAUUUUUAAUUUUUUUUUUAAACCUUCAUUUUUCAAGAUUAGCACGACUAAGACAUAAAUGGGAGGAAAUUAUAUUUAAUAUUAUUUUUUGGGAUAGCUAACAACUGAUUGUUUGGUUUUUACAUUGUUUAAAGUGAGUCAGAGUAUAUAUAAUAUAUUAUCUGUUUCCUUUAUGAAAAAACAAAACAUAUUAAUCUUAAAGUAAAGUUACAUAUUUGUCAACAUUUUCAAAGUGCUUAAUCUGAAGUAAUGAAGGUGUAAUAGUAUAUUAGCCAUUACCCUUCUGGCUUGGAUUAAAUCUAUGUAUGUGACCAGUGCAAACCAACAUCAAGGUCUGCACAGUUUGUUAUUCAGUCACUUCUUUUUUUAUGAUUUGCCACAAAAAAAUGAUAACUGGUUUAAUCUGGAUUGAAAGAUGGACAAGUCCAUUAAUUAGUGGGGUAAGGGUUAAUGACAACUUAAUUGAACAUAAGUUUAUGAUACAUUAGGGAGAAUUCAUUUUUUGUAUUGGCCAAUUUUUUCUUUUCUUUUUUUUUUCUUUUUACAAAAAAAUAUAUAUAAGAUUUUAAGAGAAGCUCUGUAGCUUGGUUUAUUAACCAUAAUAUAAAAAUUAAGUUUAAUAUGAUCAGGUACGUAUAUUAAUAUAUAUAUACCUGAUAUGAUAUAAAGUUUUCUUCUAUAUCAAAAUGUUUAUUAAUUUUUAUGAUCGUAAUGAUUGUGAUUUAUGUAUCAGAAAUUAUUCAAAAUUUUUAAAAAUAAUAUUGAUUUUGUUCGGUUUGUUUAAUUAUUUUUCUUUCUUAAGAAACUCAUAUCUUAUUUUUAGUGUGUAUUAAUCAUAAACAGGUGACCAGAAAAAGAAAAGAUGAAAAGAUUUAAGUGUGAAGGGAGAAAUAAGCCUGUACGAUACUGUUUGAUUAUUGAUAUUUGUCCAUACAUCCAUGUUAUAAAUGAUUUAUCAAACAUGUAUAUAUGUUAUAAAUUAGAUAUUGACUAUCCUUUACACAUUUCAGUCAAUGCCCUUUCCUUACGCCAUUUUGGUUGCUGUACAGAAGUGCAAUUUAUAGCACAAAUAGAUUUUUGAUUGUGAUGACUUUAAUUUGUUAUUUACAAAUUUGAUAGAACAACAAAAACUUGUUUUAACAAUACAUUGCAAGUUUUAAAGAUAUAAGAAUAAAAAGAAUAGUGAAUUUAAAGACAAUAUCCAAAUAGAUUUUUGUCAACUAACUUAAAAGUUAAGUUACGUCUAUAUGGUAGUUUACUUUUAAUUGAAAUGAAUGGUUUUGUCUGGCCAAAUGUUUUUCGUUAACAUUAAUGGGUCAUCAUAAAAAAGGAAUCUAUUUCAUCUGUAAAAUUUUUAAUGAUAUUGGUAGGUGAACAUGAUUUGAAUUGUUGGUACUGCGACUGGGCAUUGGCGAUGUGAAUGGGACUGGAUACUCUCUGUCCAAGUUUUUAUGUUGUUGUGUAAAAAAAAUUACAUAAGGUUGGAGAAUGAUACAUUUAUUUCAUUAUAAUUGUAUGAAAAAAAGUAUACGUAUACACUUGUAUUAGUAAGAAAGAAGUAUUGGCAUCACAUUACCGUGAGUAGUGGUAAUUUGGUCUCAAGUUUUGAUUAGUUCCUAAAAGUAAAUGUGUCAUUCUCCACAAAAAAUAACCACGAAAUUAAUUUGUGUAAACAGAAUUGAAACGUGACAGACUUGGUGUUAUUGUAUUUCAUUUUCUGUAGUGCCUACGGAAAUGAAAUUUUAUGACAGCACCAAAAUGUCGUCAUGCAGUGAGGGGAUUGAAAUUAAAAAGGGAAUUUCUGCCUAGAAAACCAGGGGGUGUAAAUGAUAAUGGAGCAAGAUUUUAUUGAAAUGUUUUGAUGGAAAAAAAAAAGACACACAAAUCUUAGAAGUUUUACACCUUUUACCAUGUUGAAGCAAUUUUUGACAGUUGCUCAGAAAAGUCAUGGUAAAUUUCAGUCAGGAACAUCUUUCGUUAAAGGUUAACUAGGCGUAAUUCCCUGUCUUUUGUUCUUUAUGAUUAGUUUUCUAGAUCUGGAGAAAAAAAAGACCUGUACUUGUAGUGCAGGAUUGGUGCCAUUUAGGAAGCACAUCUAGCAUGGUGUUGAAAACUUGUAGAAAUCUCCAUUUACAACUGACAUUAGAUGUGCCCCCACAUCUCAUAGUUGUUCCAUUUAGAUGUUGAAACUUUUAUAUGUUGAAAGUUUUAACACAAAAUUAAAAAAAAAAUCUCUUCACCGCAAAAAAAAUUGUUGAACCAAUAGUGGGUUAUCAGUAUUUAUGUUUUGAUAUUUAACCAUCUAUUUUAUUUUACGAACCCAUGAUUAUUACGAUUACAACUAUCAUGCCUAGGUGUUGCUGUUUGCAAACUCAUUUUGGCCAUGUGUUAACAUAAUUGGCCACUUUUUGCCAUCUUUCAAUAGACAUGUAUGAUUUUUACACAGUUAUAAAUGUUUACAUCAUAGAUUUUUAUAACAUUGUGUUUGUGGUUUAAGUAUAUAACUUUUUGUUUUAAAUACUUAAAAUGAAAUCGUAUUUUAUGGAAAUGCAAACCAACAAAUUUUCAUAUAGUGAUACAUGUUCUUGUCCACACAAAUUUGAAAAUCCUACUUGAUAUUUAACACACGUUUUACAGCAUGUUUCCAACAGGCAGUGAAAUUAUUGAUAAAUAGAAAGACUUUGUUGUGAUUACCAUCAGUAAGCUAGUCUUGUGUGAAUUUUCUAUUGAUAAGAUGGCAAUAAACCUGAAGAGAAAAACUU